AUGGGCCAUUGGUACCCGCAAGACUGCAACACCUCGAGAGCCUCAGGAAGUACAGGAGAAGCUCCGGGAUGGCUGAAAUCCAAUGUCUCUGAUGUGGAGGCUCAAAGCACCGGAAUCGUUUAUGGAGGUUCUGUAACUGGAGCAACCAGCAAAGAGCUGGCACGCCAGCCUGAUGUGGAUGGCUUCCUCGUGGGUGGUGCUUCCCUCAAGCCUGAGUUUGUGGACGCACUGUUCGCUUUUCUAGAGCUGCAUGGCCAUUGCUGUGAUAAUGAAGUUGCCUGCACAAUAGUCGUGUCCUCUCACGUCUCCUCGAUGGUUGGAUCUGCAUUUGAAAUGCCAACGCUGUUGCUCUGUGGAUCAGAAGCAGCCACAGCUACUCAGCACACAGCCCAGGUCUUGGAAUCUAAUUAUUUUCAUCUUCUCACAUCAAAUAGUCGCCCUCUUGCGUUAGCGUCUCAAAAGCUGGAAAGACAGACCUGCAUGCCACAUUUUACCCUCCUCCCUUCCGAAGCUGCACUUCCAAAUUUCUCCGCCACGCGGCACGUCUUUCAGCUGGUGUCUGCGGUUCUCACAGGUGAGAUGCUGGCAGGAAAGAGACCAGCGUUCUCCAGGGAACCCCCUGGUUUCCAACUGGGGGCUCCGCCCUUUUUGGCUGGAGCCUCUUUUUCAUCACGUGAUCGCUCAGACUUGUGCAAGAUGGAGCUUGACUGUCGACCUCUUGCAACACAAUCGUGUACGAAGUCCAAGAUUCCCUGGCCUGAUUCUGACAGGUCCCUGGGGGAAGGUGACACGGGGUGGAACCUCCAGCCUGGAGUGGCCAAGCUGGAGUUGGAAGUGGAGUUCCGUGGGUUUGGGGCCGCGCCUGUCGCACAGAGGCUCCUCCAGGCCGAGACCCCAGCGCAGAAUGAACAGAAGGCGGCGACCUCCCGGAGGAGUGGCCGGGCCAGGAGCACGCUGCGCUGCUUCUCCACCGCGGUCCUGUAUGCAGCCUUCCUGGGGCUGGGAGUGACUGUUGCCAUAUUGGGACCUACAUUUCCAGACCUGGCAAGAAAUGUGAACCGGAACGUCAGCAGCCUUUCAGAAAUAUUCGUGGGCCGUGCCCUUGGCUACUUGUGUGGCUCUGUGGUUGGCGGGGUGCUUUUCGACUGUAUGAAUCAUUUUUUACUUUUAGGGAUGUCCAUGCUGGCUACCACAACUGGUCUUUAUCUCAUUCCUUUCUGCAAGACAGCGACACUACUGAUUGCCAUGAUGUCUGUAUUUGGUGUUUCCUUUGGCGCUCUGGAUACAGGUGCAAAUGUCCUCAUCUUGGAUCUUUGGGGUGAUGAAGGAGCCCCACACAUGCAGGCAUUGCACUUCAGUUUUGCCUUGGGUGCCUUCCUGGCUCCCCUGUUGGCCAAAUUGGCCUGGGGAACAUCAGCAUCCACUCAGAACCACACAGCGCCCGACUUCAACCCUCUAAUGCUGAACGGAUCCUCUGAAGCCACCUCAGACUCUCUGUUUGCAGUUCCUGAGGACAUGAACCUGCUGUGGGCAUAUGCUUCCAUCGGCACCUAUGUCUUAGUAGUUUCUGUCUUUCUGUUUGCUCUGUUUUGUAAGAAAAGCUCAAGGCAGAAAAAAUCCCUGGCAUCUGCUCAGAGAGCUCGAAGAGCUAAAUAUCACAGGGCCCUGCUCUGUCUCCUCUUCAUGUUCUUCUUCUUUUACGUUGGAGCCGAGGUGACAUUUGGCUCUUACAUAUUCUCCUUCGCCACCACCCAUGUUGGCAUGGAAGAAAGUGAAGCAGCGGGCUUGAACUCCAUCUUCUGGGGGACCUUUGCUGCCUGCAGGGGCCUGGCCAUCUUCUUUGCAACAUUCUUAAAGCCCGGAACCAUGAUUGUGUUGAGUAACAUUGGCAGCCUUGUCUCGUCUUUCUUUCUGGUGCUUUUUGACAAGAGCCCUCUUUGUCUCUGGAUUGCAACUUCUGUGUAUGGAGCCUCGAUGGCAACCACGUUUCCCAGUGGCGUUUCCUGGAUUGAGCAGUACACCAGCAUCAGCGGGAAAUCUGCAGCGUUCUUUGUAAUUGGUGGUACCCUAGGAGAAAUGGUGAUGCCUGCAGUAAUCGGAAUUCUUCAAGGCCACUACCCAGAUCGGCCAGUCGUUCUGUACACCUGUUUUGCAUCAGCCAUAUCCACUGCUGUUUUAUUUCCUGUGAUGUAUAAGUUAGCCACCUUACCUUUGUAAUGUGAAUAAAAAGUAAACAUCUCUGGGGCUCAGAACACUUUGCCCUCUAAUUGUGGCCCAUAAAGAAAAGAACAAAUGGAAAGAUGGAGAAAAAAUGAAUGAAAUGGAUUUUGAAGUGGUUGAACAAUACAGUGAGGCAAUAUGUAGCUCUCCAGAAACAUCUGAUGGAACCACAGUUGGUGUCCUGAUUGAUUGCUCUCAGUGCAUGGAUUUGGAUAAACAGUUUGGUAAUCCUCUGUGGAAUGCUGUGUUCCUUUCUUGUGACUGUGACCAGUACUUGACAAGAAGCCAAGGAAGGGCUUAUAUUGGCUCACAGUUUGAGGAUGCAGUCUAUCAUGGAGGGGUGGGCAUGGUUGCAAGAAGCUCCAUGUGUUAGAAGUGUGGAGUUGGGUACCUUAUCCCUUUUGGCAGAACAGGAGGCAGAGAGGGAACCAAAACUGUGUCCAGAUCUAAACUUUCAAGCCCCGCCCUUAAUGAUGGACUUCCUCCAGAGAGGUCCCAUUUCCUCCAGAGAAACCCCACUUCCUCUAGAGGAGCCUCACUUUCCCCAGAGAAACCCCACUUCCUCCAGAGGAGCCUCACUCCCUAAAGGUUCCACAACCCCGUAAAAUAGCAUCCCUAGAGGGGCACCAAGUGUUGAAAUAAAUAAACCUAGGGGUACAUUUCAUAUUCAAGCUACAACAAGCAUCUCCUCAGAAACCAGAACAAGAGUUCUUAUUGACAUCCCUAUUUCUUAGGGAAUGGGGACAGUGCAGGUCUAGCACAAGUCUCUGCAUGGGCUCAGGCAAGCAUUCUGCCUCUAAGCAGAUCUUCAGCCCUUGGUUCCCAUGAAUUCACACAUCUAAAUAGGCCAGUCAGAGAAAAACAUAAACAAUGCUUCAGUGGUCUCUGGGGAUUGAAGUUUCGAGGUCGAUGUGUUGGAAAAUGCUAAGAUAUUUUGAAACAUUCUGUAAUUCCCUGAGUGUUUCACAAAUACCUCAUGGUCCUGUCAAUCUCUUGUUACAAGUCUUGUUUCGGCAGGAGCCAUUAGGCAGUAUUUUAUCAUCUUUAACUUUCAGAGUAUACAAAGAGUCUGUGCAUGUUUGAAAAGUUGGGUAGCACUCAAGUAGAACAACACCACUGAGGAAGAUCUGCUGAGCAAAUAAAUGACCAGGCCAGUCACAUUCACCAGGGAAGCUGUGGAGAGCAGUUUCAUGAAGGGUUGUAUUUGGAUAUAGAUAGAUACUUUCAUUUUGUUUGACUUUACUAGUUGCUGGAUUAAAGAAAGCUAAUGGCUCAUUUUCCUAUGCCCAUAAAGAGUUAUGCGAUGGCUUUGAAGAGAGCUGCCUGCAAGGCCUGGCUGCCUUCUGGGUCUACGCUGAGACACUUACUAUGGCCUCAUUUGUCUCGUCCCCUGAGUUGUGAUCCUAGAAAUGAAAAUGAGAUGCCUUUCCAGCAGAGUUUGUCCAGGAUGUGUGCUGGAACAGCCAAUGGCUCGUUUCAAAAGAGAAGUGAGCCAGAACGAGAGACAGGCAAAGUCUCCGCUGACUAUGAGUAUAUGCCAGUGUGAUAGUCUUGCUGUUCAUGUGCCCAUUGACUUUCUGACCAGGGUGUUUUUACGACUACGUUUCACUGACCUGAAGAUGUCUCUUUCCUUCACACUUUAUGCAUACCUGAAACAGACUAUGUUUUAUACUCAGUGGUCAUUUAAUAUCAUGACAAAUUAUAACUGACAGCAGGUUUCUGUAUACAGAUUAAAGAUAACAUUAUUUA